AUGUCGGUUGUGCCUCUAUACAAUGCCUGCCAGGUGUGUGGCGACCAGAGCUCUGGCAAGCACUAUGGUGUCUCUUGCUGUGAUGGCUGCUCCUGCUUCUUUAAGCGCAGCGUACGGAAAGGUUCCCACUACGCCUGCAUAGCGGUCAAGAAUUGUGUGGUGGACAAGGCGCGACGUAACUGGUGUCCUUACUGUCGCUUUCAACGCUGUCUUGCCGUGGGCAUGAACGUUGCUGCCGUGCAAGAGGAGCGUGGACCACGUUGUCAGCAAGCGGAGAGCAGUCAGAUUCAUUCUCGGCGCUUACUAAUGGUGGCAUCUCCACUGCCUUCGCCCGCUGGUCAGACACUGCACUUUCAGAUACUGGCGCAAAUUUUGGUCACCUGCUUACGUCAAGCUAAACUGAACGAACAGUUCAGGUUGGUGGAGCGCACACAGCAGGAUGCCAUUUUACAAGUGGUUUGGAGUGAAUGUUUUAUUCUUCGCGCUUCGCAUUGGACUCUGGAUAUAAGUGCCAUGAUCGAAGGAUGCGGAGAUGCACAGCUCAAGCUACAGCUGGCUGAGGCACAACAGUUGCGUGCCGAUAUCUUAGAGCUAAACUUUUUAGAAACGCUUAUCCUGUGCCGUAGAGAGCUGGCUUUGAGUGCUGAGUAUGCUGUGGUCUUGGACUCACAUGCCAAUACAGCGCUUUGUUCCUUGGCUCGUUAUACACUAUCCCAAAGAUCUCAUUGGUUGCGUUUUGGGCAACUUCUACUCGGCUUACGGCAGCUUUGCCAGCAACGACAGGACUGUGCUCUUUCCAGCAUGUUUCGGAAUGUUGUGCGAGAUAUUUUGAAAACGAUUUAA